CUCUCAUUUGUACUAACGGCAAUGUCUACCUUUCUUCAAUCAUAGGUCGCAGUGACGAGGACGACUCCGACUGCGAGUCUCAGCCGGGCAUUCCACUGAAGCGCAAGCAACGCCGCUCCCGGACCACCUUCACCACCGAGCAGCUGGACGAGCUGGAGCGCAGCUUCGAGCGCACUCACUACCCGGACGUGUACACCAGAGAGGAGCUGGCGCAGCGGACGAAGCUCACCGAGGCUCGUGUCCAGGUCUGGUUCAGCAACCGUCGCGCCCGUCUUCGCAAGCAGACGCCCGGUGCCUGUAUGCAGCCCCCGCUGCCAUCCUUUGGCUCCGGCAACAGCGUCUCCCCGCCCUCAACGAUGCUCUCCGCCUCACCGCUGGCAGUGGCAGUCAGCAGCAGCAGUGCUGGUGCUGUUGGUGGUUUGAACGGCAUUUCCACGUACAGUCAACCGCAUUACAUUGACAGUGUGGAGUUCAGUGCUCCCAGUCUGGGUCAGC